AUGGAUUUCAAUCCCUUUGAGAACUCUGCAAACUUUGUUGAACUAUUAAAUAGUCAACAAAAAGUAGUAUUCGGCUCUGCUGCUGAAACCGUUUCCCUCUCAUCAUCGGAAGUUCCUGAAAAAGGUGGCAAGCCUCGUCCAGAGCGUAAGGAACGACGGACCUGGACGCCAACAGAUGACAUAGUGCUAAUCAGCGCAUGGCUUAACACUAGCAAAGACUCGGUUGUUGGCAAUGAGCAAAAGUCACUCGCCUUCUGGGAGCGAGUUGCAACAUACUUUGCCUGUAGUCCUAAGCUUGCGGGCUGUGAAAGACGAGAAAGCGGUACGUGCAAGCAGCGUUGGCACAAGCUAAAUGAUCAAGUUUGCAAGUUCUGCGGGGCUUAUGAGGCAGCUACCAGGGAGAAAAGUAGUGGUAUGAACGAGAAUGAUGUUCUAAAAUUAGCCCACGAGAUAUACUUCUCCAACUAUAAAAAGAGGUUCACACUUGAACAUGCUUGGCAUGAGUACCUCCGGGGGAAGUGUACCUUCAAAAGGGCUUAUUAG